AUUCCUUAGAGGAAGCAGCAAGGAUAUCAGGCUGGACGGAUGCCCAGAAAGCUGAUAUACUGCGUUUAAGAACAGCAGGAGAAGCAAAGCGCUAUAUUAGGGCUUAUGGCGAACUUAGAGAAACAACAGACUAUCAGUACUUAGUGCGUAAGUUAUUACAGGAAUACAGGACACGAGAUUCCACUAAUGUUAUUCUAACUGAACUUCGUAACCUUCAUCAACAACGUGGCGAAUCAGUCCGAGUUUUCGGGCACAAGCUACAGGAGCUAGGCAAUAGGUUACGCCAAGCUUAUGCACGUCCUAGCAAGGAUAUGUUGCAGGAUACUCUAAAAUCGGAGUACGAGAGAGGGCUGUAUAGCAAUGCAGCUAGGCAACAUGUAAAUGAAGCAAAUAAAGCUCAAGCAACAUUGUUAGAUUUAAUAGAAGUAGCUACACAAGAAGAGCUACGAGAAAAGCAAUUAUAUACGACAAACAAAUAUUCGAAAUAUUCGCCUAUAAAUACAGUUAAUAACUUAGACAAGUCUAAUCCGUCGGAUACAAAGUUGCAGAAUAAGUCCGAUAGCUUCCAGUGUUACAACUGUGGAAAAGUUGGACAUCUAGCCAAAAAUUGCUUCAAGAAAUCAGCAAAACGAAAUGAGCAGACAGUGUGCUAUAACUGUGGCAUUAAAGGUCACAUGGAACGUGACUGUCGACGCCCACGAAAAAUUGAAAAUGGAAAAGCCCCAAAGGCUGGAACCUAUGGAAGAAGGUUUACUAAUAGUAAACCUACCUUCUCUAAAGGUCCAAAAAACGUAAUCCCCGCCGGGAUUGCAGAGCGAAAAUAG